AUGUAUCUCUCUCUCUCUCUCUCUUUUGCACGUCCGCGCGUUACCACCGGCGCGGCAUGAUACAGUUCAUUUUAUUCCUUGCCAGGAAAAAAUCCUUUUUUACAUCACGGUGUGAUAACAAGCGAAAAAUUGCUUGAGCGGCUCGCUGUUCGCUGCUCCACAAAAAGUUGUAGACUGUCUUUGCGGAGUUUCAUGAGGAAGUAACAGCUUGUUAGUAAGUAAGGGCUGGAGGAGAUCCCUACUAGUACUACUAGUGCCGUUUGCUUGUGAAGCAACUCGCAAAUCAGGCAAGACCGAAGUACCGCCGCUUCUUCUGUCAACCCAUUGUUCCUGACCUUGGGCUGUUGACUGGAGCAUUCCCGGCCGAACGAAUAGUUCCCCUAGUUUUAGCAGCGUUGGCUGUUGAAGGGUGCCGUCAGCGGAUCGCAAGAUUGAGUGAUAGUAAUCCUGUUGCAGAAGCAGCUGCUCGUUUCUAGCGGGCGACGCGACGCUACAUUGGAUAAAAACGACGGCGGGAGAACAGAGUCGUCAUCUAAUCAGCCAUGCUCAUCAGAAAUGGCAAGUCAUUCUAAGAUGCAUGCUCCUGGCAGCGGGGUAGGACGGCAUUCCGACCAUCGCUACCAGGGAGGUUCACUGGCGGACUAUCACUUUCCCGAUGACGCCGCCAGCCACGUCACCUACAUAGCCAACGAGAGGGCGAAGGCCCGGUGCAGCCUACGAUCCAGCGGGAGCAGCGGCUCGCCGGAUCCGAGGAGCUCUCCGCGCGGCAGUCUUCGCAUGAACCGCACCGACCCGCUGCUCUCGCGCUCCGCCGUGUCCACAAAGUCCUGUGGCAGCGAUGCGUGGGUGGGCAGACCGUCACGCUCACUGCCUCUAGACAGCGAUGACUUUGUCGUAAUCAGCGAUGGUGGGAGUGGAAGCAGUGGCGCAGUUUUGGACCAUCAACGCCGUACGUCGCCGAUGCAUAAUCUCCCAUCCCCGUCUGCCUCACCGACCGCACUGAUCCUUGACGAUGAGCCACCGCUGGUUAGCUUCACACGGGCGUACGGGAGACGCGUUGAGCCAGUACAGCCGGCAUCAGUGUGCCGCAAUGAGGUGUGUGUCAAGGAUGGAGAGAAACUCCAAGAGGCAAUGCUUGCAAAUCGCACGUGGGAAAAGCAUACAAACGGGCUGCAGGGCCACCUUCAUCGUGCGGAGAUGGAGAACGAAAGCCUCCGCAGUCGGAUAAAUCAGCUGGAGCAAAAAUACAGCGACUUACGGCAACAGGCACACGUCGCAAGGCAGACCGUUCGGGAACAGAAAGCACAGAUUGAGUCGCUGACCGCCAUCCCCGGUCGGAGGCAGAGCUCAGCUGACGGCCCGCUUCAUUCGUCGCAGAGUGAGGACAUGCGAGCGGAAAUGCGAGCUGUUCACAUGGCAUCGAUGGAGAAAGAUGCUAAAAUCGAAGCCCUUACAAAGCAGGUGGAAAAGGUAACGGCGGACUUCCGUAAAGAGCGCCAUGAUCGGAAAGUGCUGCAGAACGCCAUUGUCAAGCAGCAGGAGCAGCUGUUGAUCGCCAGGAACGAGGCUGCAUCAAGUCAGAACAACCUGGUGGUUGCCACGAAAGAGAAAGACAUUCUUCUGGCGCAGCUGAAGCGCAUCUCACAGAGACCGGCGUACAACUAGUCUCCCAACUAAUCUCCAGCCUAGUUACUUGCAACUAGGCUGGACUAAAACUUCACCGCCAUGAAUUGGAACGUACACGACAUCAUCGUCUAGUUAUUGACUCUACUUUAUCUGUGGCACUAUGACUUUUGAAGGCAAUGGCACGUUUGAAGAAGCGCACCACAGCGGCCGAAGCCAAGCAGAGAUCUUGACUAGUGAGGGACUCCGUCAUGGUGUGUGAUGUAGAGCCAUCACCCAUUGCUUUGCAAAUAUACAGUAUUUUUUCUCUCUGUUCUCGUCCAUUCUCUCUGGCCUCACCCCGACUAAUUUCUCACAGUUUGCAAUUCUUGACUCUAACAGCCUUUGAGAGUCUCUCUAAAGACUCUAGCCUUUGAGAGCCUCUCUAGAGACUCUAGCCGUUGAGAGUAUUAAUUUUAACUCAGUGACAUUUUCAUUGCCUGCUGUACAUAUGUAUUCAUGCUCAUCAGUGAACAUGAAUGCGUAACACCUUGAGUAUGUCUCCCUGAAACGCGAACACUGAAUACUUGUUUCGGAAUCUUUCUCAAAACAACUUAUUUUUUCUUGUAGUCUAAGGCACCCAAUGACAAACACUGCAUUCUCUAGUUGCUUGCCCCAUGUUUAUCAGAUUAUGUUUUGUUUUCGGAGGAUAUGUGCAGGAUCUGUGCAGGAUAUGUGCCUGCCGGUCACUGAUGACCGUUAUCUUUACAAACUGACUUCAAAAUACGGUUUUCUUCUUUUUUUCUUUGCACCACUCGUUUUCGUUUGCAGAUGAAUGGAAGUAGCGUUCAAGCUGUCUGUGCAUGCUUUUCGAUCAAGCCUUCGCGUGGCUGCUCUAUUUUUCUUUGACGGACUUUCCUUUGUAAUACAGUACAUAUCAUGUACAUGCAUGCUGGACUUGGAGUAUGAGGAUUUGUGUUUCCUUGUUAUAAUUAUAAGUAUAUCUAGCUAUUUGGACAGUGUAACUGCCUUGAUACGCUGGUUUGUGCAAUGGA